GAUAAUGUUUUGGUGACGUCAUGCGUAGCUGGAAGGGAAGACAGCCAGUGGGUGGGCUGGGCUGUGGUCCUGCUUUCUGCUUCUUGCAUCGCAAACAACGCUAAUACUAUUAUUUAAACCUAUUAUAGGGAUACAAAAAACAUUACAAAAUGAGUUAGAGGCCGCAAUUCGUGUGUGCCAGUGCACUGAAACAUGGGUCGCUGCAGUGUCCACGUCCUUCUGCUGCUCUUGCUGCAGACCCUGCAGACAACAGCCGAGGGCUCAGAUGGACAGUUGGCGUGUCUGUGUGAUAGCCCAACAUGCCUCCAAGCUACCCAGUGCCAUGGUACCCGGUGCUUCUCCUCUGUCAAAGUUGGCAAGGGUGGUAGCGGGGUGGUAUUUGAGCGUGGCUGCCUGGAGGGGUUGGAGAAAAUCAGUUUGAUUUGCUCCACAGCUCCAUCCUUCCACCAUGCCAUUUUCUGCUGCUCCCAGGACAUGUGUAACGGCAACACCACCAGGAGUUCGCUGAUGUCUCUGCUUCCAACAGCUCCAGAAGGUGAGCCAGUUGGGUAUCGAGUGGGGACCUUAGCUCUCUUUGUACUUGGUCCAGUGGUGGUUCUGGCUCUGCUGUCUGCAGUGUCAGUUCUGGCCUGCAGGAGGCUCCAUCACGGCCGUCUGCAGAGGCUGCAGGAAUUUGACACUGAGCAGGGAGCCAUAGACGGCCUCAUCACCUCCAAUGUGGGAGACAGCACUUUAGCGGAGCUGUUGGACCACCCGUGUACAUCAGGCAGUGGUUCAGGUCUUCCCUUCCUCGUCCAGAGAACUGUGGCCAGACAGAUCAGCCUGAUGGAGUGUGUAGGCAAAGGAAGGUACGGAGAGGUGUGGCGGGGCCAGUGGCAGGGGGAGAACGUAGCUGUAAAAAUCUUCUCCUCGAGAGAUGAGAGGUCCUGGUUCAGAGAGACGGAGAUCUACAAUACUGUGCUGCUAAGACAUGAAAACAUACUGGGCUUCAUGGCAUCAGACAUGACUUCUCGCAACUCCAGCACCCAGCUGUGGCUCAUCACCCAUUACCACGAGAACGGUUCACUUUAUGACUACUUGCAACGAGUUGCUGUGGAGACGUCAGAGGGCCUGGCGAUGGCGGCGUCCAUAGCGUGCGGCCUGGUGCACCUGCACACAGAGAUCUUUGGCACUGAGGGGAAACCGGCCAUCGCACACCGGGAUCUGAAGAGCAAAAACAUCCUGGUCACAAAGGAGCUGCGCUGCUGCAUCGCAGACCUGGGGCUGGCUGUGACCCACUCCCAGGCAGACAACCUGCUGGAUGUUGGCAACAAUCCGAAGGUUGGCACCAAGCGUUACAUGGCACCUGAAGUACUGGACGAGACCAUUCAGAUAGACUGCUUUGAUGCUUAUAAGAGGGUGGACAUCUGGGCCUUUGGGUUGGUGCUGUGGGAGAUAGCAAGACGCACAUACAGCAAUGGCAUUGUUGAGGAGUACAAGCCUCCGUUCUACGAUCAGGUGCCAAAUGACCCCAGCUUUGAGGACAUGAGGAAGGUGGUGUGUGUGGAGCAGCAGAGGCCUUUCAUUCCUAAUCGUUGGUUCUCUGAUCCUACUCUCUCUGCUCUGGUGAAACUGAUGAAGGAGUGUUGGUACCAGAACCCCUCUGCAAGGCUGACAGCACUGCGCAUCAAGAAAACCCUGGACAAGAUUCACAGCUCUCUGGAGAAGGGCAAGGAGCCGUGAAACUUCAGAGCCCACUGCCUGAUGUCAGGGAUCGUCUUAGUGAUUGUGAGACCCGAGGAUGAUAAGGGGACAGACAGAGAGACCAGAGGAAAGAGUUGUUCAAGUGUCAUGCAGCCUCAUCCUUAUGUGGUUGCCUUCCACUGACAUCCCUCUCUCUGACUGGAAGCCCACUCAGACGUUUGGACCUGUCCUGUCUGAAUAAGCCAGCCUUUGUUACAGGACACAAACCAUUGUGCCCGACCUGACCUGACCUGAACUGUAGACUGUUACUGAGUGUGAAGCACAUGGAUGGCAUAUUGUAGUACUCCAUAACAAUGCUUUAAUGCCCAUAUAACACGCCCAUACAUCACACACACACACACACACACACACACACACACACACAGUCUCUUACAAUUCAUUUUUUUGAUCCCCAGGCCGUGUUUUUGGCAUGUUGCCGUGUCAUUCUGCUCAGAGACAAUCUGAAGUGUUUUACUCACUUAGCUUUAUUAAAAUCAUGCCACCUAUUCUACAAAGACACACACUACAGACCACACAAAUAUGUUCACUUACAAAAGGAAAAGAGCCAAAAUAAUCCUCUUUUUUUUUUUUAAAUCUAAAAAUAGUAUGAUAUUUAUGAAAUCUCCACUGCUACCAAACUACUGAGGACAUGUAAGGCUGAUUGUGUGUGAAAUGGACUGUAUACAUAUAUAGGCAUUUACUCUCCUAGACUUUCUGUCCACAUAUUGUCAUUAAUGAUGCUAGAAAGCAAAGAGUUGUUAAGCAAUAGAGGGAAAAAGUAGGGAAUUGUUCUUGCUAAGCUUGUUUGUUGAAUGGAAUAAAUCAGGAUGAAGUACAACAGAUGUAAUUAUCCUGGUGAUUCCUGUAGGAGACACAGUUAGUACCUGCCAAAAGGCAUUAGUCUGUAUCUUAUAAUAAGAACAAUAUAAUCCUCUCUGCCUGGCACACUUCAUAAACCUGCUGUGGCUCUUUGUUAGCGCUGACAUGUUUUAAGAUAUUGGAGGUUAAGUAUUUUUAUUUAGCGAGGCGGGCUUCCGUUAAAUUCGUCAUGCCAUACUGUACAAGUUGCCUAAAUAACAAGAAAAACACUAAUUUGGUAACUGUUUCAUUCAAGAUUUAAAAAUGAUAACGUUGCCUAAAUGUUUACAGAUGCUGGGUUUGCUUU